AUGUCGUCUACGCUAGACGCAGUUUCAACACCGACGCCGACCCUGGACGGUGUCAAUGGCGGUGACUCACGGACGAUCAACCUGAACCAAUUUUAUGAUGCAGGCGACGUCGCGUGGGUCUUGUGCUCAACGGCACUCGUUUUCAUUAUGAUUCCCGGUGUUGGUUUCUUUUAUUCCGGCUUGGCUCGUCGCCGGAGUGCAGUGUCAAUGCUAUUUCUCUCACUCAUGUCAAUUGCGGUUGUCGGGUUCCAGUGGUUCUUCUGGGGCUAUUCGCUGACAUUCUCGCAUGAAGGUUGCGGUUACAUCGGAACAUUGGCAAACUUUGGUCUCCGUCAAACCUUGGGCCGUAACUCGGUUGGAGGCUCAUCCGUCCCCGAUCUUUUGUUCUGCAUUUUCCAGGGUAUGUUCGCUGCCAUUACUCCAGCACUGGCAAUUGGCGCUGCUGCAGACCGUGGUCGUAUGCUUCCCUGCAUCGUUUUUAUUCUCAUCUGGACCACCAUUGUCUACGACCCCAUUGCAUUUUGGACGUGGAAUCCAAAGGGAUGGCUGUUUAAGCUCGGCUCAUAUGACUUCGCCGGCGGUUCACCGGUGCAUAUUGCCUCGGGAAUGGCUGCCUUGGCAUAUUCAAUUGUGCUCGGACGUCGCAGCGACCACGGCCAGGUUGUGUACCGCCCCCACAAUGUGCCUCACGUUGUGUUGGGCACAAUUCUUCUCUGGUUCGGAUGGUUUGGUUUCAAUGGCGGCUCGGCUCUGUCAGCGAACCUGCGUGGUAUCAUGGCAUGUGUUGUGACACAUAUCGCCGCUUCUGUUGCAGGAAUCACUUGGUGCAUAGCUGAGUACAUUCGGUCCCGCCGUUGGUCUUGUGUUGCAUUCUGUAGCGGGGCUGUUGCAGGACUCGUGGCUAUCACACCGGGCUCGGGCUUCGUUCCUCCAUGGGCAGCCGUGGUUAUUGGUGUUAUUGGUGGCGUCGUCUGCUACGCUGCUACAUUCCUAAAGAACUUCGUCCGAGUUGAUGACGCGUUGGACAUUUUUGCCGAGCACGGUAUCGGUGGCAUGGUCGGUAACAUUCUCACUGCCUUCUUUGCCGCAGACUAUAUUCAGUCGCUUGAUGGCUCUACCGGAAACAGUGGUGGUUGGCUCUCCCACCAUUAUGCUCAACUGGGUUACCAGAUUGCCGACACGGCGAGCUGUGCUGCUUACUCCUUCUUGCUGUCCUGUAUCAUUCUCUACAUCAUGAAGUUCAUCCCCGGCUUGUCGCUUCGUGUUACUGAGGAGCAAGAACGGAUGGGUCUUGAUGAAGCCGAAUUGGGUGAAAAUGCCUACAUGGUCAAGCCUUCUUACGAUGCGGGUGUUACUGAUGCGGUAGCUGUUCCCGUAAGCGAACAUUUGACGGAAAAACAGCGCAUGGAGGCCAAGCAAGCCAUUUAG